CCUCCCGUUCCUUCCACAGACCGCGCGAGGUCAGACGAGACAGCAGAAAAGAAAGACUUGCAAAAAUGGCGGUGGCGACAGCUCGGUGGCUCGUCCUGUCCCUGCUCGUGUCCGCCGCGGCCGCGGCGCAUGACACGAAAUGGAAGGCCGGGGCUGCGGUGGGCGGCCAGGUCGUGGAGAAGGAGCGGCGGAGGGUGGUCGCCGAGAGCGAGGCCGGCACGGUCACGGCCACGGACGUCGCCGACGCGGCGGGCACCGUGUACCGGCUGCAGUUCAUAACCAUGGACCCCGGCGCUCUGUUCCUGCCCGUGCAGCUGCACGCCGACGCGGUGUUCUACGUGCACAGCGGGCGGGGCAAGGUGACCUACAUCCAAGAAGGGGGCAGCGAGACAAGCUCGCUUGAAGUACAGCGAGGAGACGUGUACAACUUGGAGCAGGGCAGCAUCCUGUACAUCCAGAGCUACCCCAACGCCACCAGAGAGCGCCUUCGGAUCUACGCCAUUUUCACCAGCAACGCCAUCAACUGCGACGACCCAUCGCAUCCCACUUCAGAAGCAUACUCGAGCGUCAGCAAUCUACUGAGAGGAUUUGAUGUAAAGAUUCUUCGACAGGGAUUUGGGGUUUCCGGUGAAGUGGUGGAGGCAAUUCAGUCGGCGAAGAGCCCGCAGUUGAUUAUAAUGUACAAUCCAGACCAGGAGAAGAAAGAGAAGUCGAAUUGGACGGAAGAAAUCUUCGACGCGCUGUGGGGCGACGAGUCCCCACUGAACAAGAAGAAGAAGAAGGAUAAGCACAAGAAGAAGGACAAGAAGGACGACAAAUCCAAGAGCGAGACGUUCAACUUCUACUCCGGCAAGCCGGACGUCAAGAACUGCUUUGGAUGGAGCAAAACCAUGACCAACAAGGACCUGCAGAACCUCAAGGGGUCCAACAUUGGCAUGUUCAUGGUGAACCUGACCACGGGGUCUAUGAUGGGGCCUCACUGGAACCCGAAAGCCACGGAGAUCGCCAUCGUCACCCAGGGGUCAGGGAUCGUGCAGGUGGUAUGCCCGAGCACCGCGUCGGGCGCCGGAGGCGGUCACGGCCACCACGACGAGGGCGGCCGCGGGGGCGGCGAUCACGGUCACCACGAUGAGGGCGGCCGCAGGAGGGGCGAUCACGGUCACCACGACGAGGGCGGCCGCAGGGGCGGAGACCACGGGCAAGGAGGCGUAGAGUGCAAGAAUUCAGUGUUCAGAGUGAAGGAAGGCGACGUGUUCGUGGUGCCGAGGUUCCACCCGAUGGCGCAGCUGUCCUUCAACAACGGGUCGUUCGUGUUCGUCGGGUUCAGCACCCACAUGGGGGAGAACAACCCGCAGUUCCUGGCCGGGGAGCAUUCGGUGCUGCAGGUGAUCGGCAAGGAGAUAGUGGCGCUGGCGCUGGGGCAGAAGAACACGACCGCCGUGGAGCAGCUGCUGUCGGCCAAGAGCGGGUCGACCAUAAUGGCGUGCAUCUCGUGCGCGGAGGAGCUGGAGAGGAAGGCGGAGAAGGAGGAGCAGGAGGGCGGGAAGGGGGAGCGGGAGCGGGAAGAGGAGGAAGAGAGGGAGAGGAAGCAGAGAGAGGAGGAAGAGCGGAAGAAGCGGGAGGAGGAGGAAAGAGCAAGGAGAGAGGAGGAAGAGAGGGCGAGGAGGGAGGAGGAAAGGAAGAAGCGGGAGGAGGAAGAGCAGAGGAAACGAGAGGAGGAAGAGAGGAAGAGGAGGGAGCAAGAAGAGGAAGAAGAAAGGAGGAGGAGGGAGGAGGAAGAAGGUGGCGGAGGCCAAGGCGGGGGAGGAGGUGAUGAUCCAAGGGAGGAGGAAGAACGGCGGAGGGAGGAGGAAGAAGGUGGCGGAGGCCAAGGCGGAGGAGGAGACGAUCCGAGGGAGGAAGAGGAAGAGCGGCGGAGGAGAGAGGAGGAAGAGGGAGGCGGAGGCCAAGGCGGACGAGGAGACGAUCCGAGGGAAGAAGAGGAACGGAGGAGGGAGGAAGAAGGAGGCCGUGGCGGCAGAGGCGGAGAUGACCCGUGGGAAGAGGAGGAAGGCGACUGGGGAGACUCCUCCAAGUACCGCGCGGCCACGAACCUGAAGAAGCGCUACCGUGGUCGCAAGGGCGCCGUGUUCCAGAGCGCCUGAACAAGAACUGUUCCAGUCACCUUGCACGCUCUCUGCUCCACCCUUUCCCCGCGUACCGCUGUACGAAUAAUGGUGGCCAUCCUAGUUGUGUGGCUCUGUUCAGUCUACUGUAGUCUCUACGUAGUUUUGUUGGGUCCGUCGUUGCCACAAUGCCACUGUGUCUUGCUGUAGCCGGUGUAUAGAAGAGCUUGUGCAUUAUGCCUGCGUAUAAAUAAAGGAGCCGUUCAUCGCCGCAA